UCAGAAUCUAGAGGAAGUUGACAAAGUGUUACAGCAGCACAGCACAAUAUGUGGUGGAGAGUUUUCAGUUUGCUGGCUUGGUUCCCCUUACAAGAGGCCUUUCUGACUAACCACACUGAAACCAUCACCCUGGAGGAAGGCCAGACACUCACUCUAAAGUGUGUCACUUCUCUGUUGAAGACCACCUCCCUCCAGUGGCUAACCCCCUCAGGGUUCACCAUAUUCUUAAAUGAGCAUUCUGCUUUAAAAAAUUCCAAAUACCAGCUUCUUCAACACUCGGCCAACCAGCUCUCCAUCCAUGUGCCCAACGUGACCCUGCAAGAUGAAGGCGUGUACAAGUGUUUACAGUACAGCCACUUCGUGAGCACAAAGGAAGUAAAAGUGGUUGUGCUGGCAACUCCUUUCAAACCAACCGUGGAAGCUUCAGUUAUCAGAAAGCAAAAUGGAGAAGUACAUGUUGUACUUAAAUGCUCCACCCUGAGAAGCAAGCCCCCUCCUCAGAUAACAUGGCUCCUGGGGAAUGGGAUGGAGCUCUAUGGUGGAACCCACCAUGAAUUUGAAACUGAUGGGAAGAAAUGUAAUACUACCAGCACACUCAUAGUGCACGCAUAUGGCAGAAAUUCUUCAGUGGACUGCAUUAUCCGACACAAAGGCCUGCAAGGGAGAAAACUGGUAGCACCUUUCCGGUUUGAAGAUUUGAUUACCGAUGAAGAGACAGUUUCCGAUGCUCCAGAGGGAAGCUCUCUGUCUUCUCAGCACCCUCAGCAGCCCACAAGCACUGUUUCAGUAAUGGAAGAUUCUAGUACAUCAGAGACUGACAAGGAAGAGAAAGAACAAACCACUCAAGACCUUGAUUUGACUACUGAAGCAAAUCCUCAGUAUAUGGAAAUAACAAGGAAGAAAAGUGGCAUACUACUGCUCACUCUGGUGUCCUUCCUCAUUUUCAUACUCUUUAUCAUAGUUCAGCUCUUCAUAAUGAAGUUGCGGAAAGCACACGUGGUAUGGAAAAAAGAAAAUGAAAUUUCAGAACACACACUAGAAAGUUAUAGAUUGAGGUCAAACAAUGAAGAAAUAUCAUCCCAAGAGAAAAAUGGCCAAACUUCUCAGCCUAAGCGCUAUAUGAACUACAUCACAAAGUUGUACUCAGAAGCAAAAACAAAGAGGAAGGAAAAUAUACGACAGUCAAAAUUAAAAGAAAAACAUUCUCAUCUACCAGAGAGUAUUGUGUAGUGCUCCCUGCCAUAGAAAUAUGAUUUUGAGGCAGCUGCAGCGUCACCU